AUGCCUCUUCUCUCGAACCGCCAACGCCUGGAGCUCGAGGGAUACCGCUCUCAACCGGCGUCCGCCGCCCCCACACCGUUUUCUUCUCCGACGAAACCUUCAUCGUCGGCUGUGACAGUGGGCGCGGCAGCACCGUCGGCGAAUGAGACUCUGCGAGACGUUUUCUCGGUCGCGGGCCCCGGUCGUUACACUCCCACCUCGUCUCCAAGCAAGCGCAGGCACAUCGAGUCCAGUGAUGAUGAGGGCGAUUUUGCCCCGCCACUGAAAAUCACUGACGAAGAAACGUCUCAGGAUGCCCUGCAAGGCAGAACCAUCAACGCUGAUGUUUCGAGGACCAUCAGACCUAUGAGACGUGUGGCCCCAGGUGCUGGGGCUUACCCGCCGGCACCUGGUUUGCUGAAGUUUAAGCCUGUCUCCGAUCACCAAAGGCCACCGCGUCGUACCCGAGGCGUUGUUUCGGAUGUGGACGUUUUUCUAGAUCCGGCUAACGCAGCAUCCGCCUCCGAGGAUGAAAUGGAAUGCUGCGAUGAGCCAGCCGUCCCAUGA